GAUUAGCACCGAGCCAUACCACACCCAAGUUCAUCAUUGAUCAAAUAUACUUGUUAGUUGUUACCACCAAAGCAACAAUGAUGAAAACUCUGGCACUCUACGGCCCUAUCUUGGCCUUCUUUUUCUUAUCUGGUGCUCACUCUGCUAAAAUAACUUUCACAAACAACUGUCCAAGAAGCAUCUGGCCAGGAACCCUAGCUUUGGAUCAAAAACCUCAACUAUCAAAGACUGGAUUUGAGUUAGCAUCCAAAGCAUCCUUAACGCUGGAUGUCCAAGCUCCAUGGAAGGGCCAAUUUUGGGCCCGAACCCGAUGCUCCACCAACUCAAGUGGAAAGUUCACUUGUGAGACUGCCGAUUGUAGCACCGGUCAAGUUACGUGCAACGGUAAUCUUGCAAUCCCGCCAGCUUCUUUAGUAGAAAUCAGCAUAGCAGCCAGGGGUGGGACGGACUGCUAUGAUGUUCGCCUUGUAGAUGGCUUCAACUUGCCUGUUUCUGUAGCCACCAGAGGCGGCACUGGUAAAUGCAAAGCCUCAAGCUGUCCAGUCAACGUGAAUGCGGUUUGCCCAGCGAAGUUGCAAGUGAAAGGGUCGGAUUGUAGCAUGCUUGCUUGCAAGAGCGCCUGUAUUGCUUUCAAUCAACCACAGUAUUGUUGCACUGGCCCAUUUCGGCCCCCAAAAUCAUGUCCACCCACAAACUAUUCUCGUAUCUUUAAGCAGCAGUGUCCUCAACAAGCUUAUAGUCAUGCUACCGAUGAUCAGAACAGCUCCUUUACCUGCUCUGGUGCACCCGCCUAUGUUAUCACUUUUUGUCCAUGAAUUAUAGAGAGGAAUUAUGCGUUCCUAAAUUUGUAAUAAGAAACUGAUAUGUUUAGUACUAAGGCACAUGCAUGUAUGUGUCAACGAAUAGUUAU